AUGGUAAGUUCAAAUUAUACCCUGAAUCAUCAAAUCCUCAAUUUCUUCUUUUUUCAGCCGCAGAACGAACACAUUGAGUUGCACAGAAAGCGUCACGGACGCCGUCUCGAUUAUGAGGAGCGUCUGCGCAAGAAGCAGGCGAGAGCCGCGCACGAUCGCUCAGAAAUGGCCAAGACUCUUCGUGGACACAAGGCGAAGCUGUACCAUAAGAAGAGAUAUUCGGAGAAGGUCGAAAUGCGCAAGCUUCUGAAGCAACACGAAGAAAAGGAGCAGAAGAAUACUGUAGAGCAGCCAGACAAGGGAGCGGUGCCGGCGUACCUGCUCGACAGACAGCAACAGACGACCGGAACGGUCCUUUCGAAUAUGAUCAAGCAGAAGAGAAAGCAGAAGGCUGUAAGUCUACAUUUUAUUGAGUUUCUACCUCAUAAUGAGAUGUUCAGGGUAAAUUUAACGUGCCAAUUCCACAAGUUCGCGCGGUCAGUGACGCCGAAGCAUUCAAAGUGGUGAAAACCGGAAAAACGAACAGAAAGGGAUGGAAGAGAAUGGUGACAAAAGUCACAUUCGUCGGCGAGUCAUUCACCCGCAAACCGGCCAAGUUCGAGCGAUUCAUCCGGCCGAUGGGGCUGCGAUUCAAGAAGGCCCAUGUCACGCAUCCAGAACUUCAGACGACGUUCCACCUCCCGAUCGUGGGCGUCAAGAAGAAUCCGUCGAGUCAGAUGUACACGUCGCUUGGAGUCAUCACAAAAGGAACCAUCAUCGAAGUGAACGUCUCCGAGCUGGGAAUGGUGACGCAGGGAGGAAAAGUGGUGUGGGGAAAGUUCGCGCAAGUGACGAACAAUCCGGAGAACGACGGAUGCAUCAACGCCGUCCUCCUCAUCUAA